UGAGGGCGUGGAGCUGCCAGAGUGGCUGGAGCCGGGCGGCUGGCUGCGCACGUUGUGUCCCUUCUGCGGGGGGGACCACGGGCGCGAGCAGCAGUCGUUCAACCUCAUCGUGGGGGACGACUACCGCUUCGUGCACUACAAGUGCUGGCGCGCCAACCACUGCGGCGUGGAGCGCACUGUGUACGCGGAGGAGUGGCGGCCGCGGGGGCGGGCGCAGCAGCAGCCGCCGCGCCCGCAGGUGCAGCCGGAGGGGGGCAGGGAGGAGCUGGAUGCAGACUGCCUGGCCUACUUCGCGCAGCUGGGCAUCAGCGCCGCCACUCUGCGCGCCGCGGGGGUGUUCCUGGCGCGAGACGUGCCGCACCCGCUCGACCCACGGGUCACUUUGGAGCGCGUGGUGGCCUACCCCUACUACAACUACACAUACCGCCGGCGGAGGAGAAGAAGAGGAGGUGGCAGUGAUGGUGGCGGAGGGGGGCUACAGGAGGGGGGGGAGCAAGAGGACGAAGAGGACGAGGAGGAGGGGGAGGGGGAGGAGGAUGAUCAGCCGGUGAAUGUGACGUAUCACGACAUCUUUGGAUACUGCCUCUCCUCCCUUCCCUCCACCUCCGACACCCCCGACGACCCCUCCCCCUCCUCCACCUCCGAACAGCACCUCGACUACCCGCCUCACCUCCAACCGCAGUCCUCCCAGCCCGCCCAGCAGCAACCCCCGCCCCCGCACCCCCCGCACCCGCACCCGGGCCUUCAGUCCCGGCCCCGUUGGCAGCCUGCGGGCUGUGAGCGGCUGCUGUGGGGGCUGCACG